CUCAGCCAGUGCCAUCGACCGGCGUUCGGCAAGAGAGAGAGUAGCGCGACAAGAGUAAGCGCAGUCCGGACUCCUCGAAUCCGGAGCAACACCACCCACCAAAGCCAGGUGGCCAGUCUCCCCCUUUGCCCUCGCUCGUAACUUCCUCUCUUCCUUCCUCUCAACUCCCCCCACCACCACCACCACCGGUGCUAGCAACCCUCCCCUCCCCUCGUAGCUUGCAUCUCAUUGACCUAACCCCCUCUACUAUACACUUAACAAUCGCCGCCGCUUACAUACCCUCUAUCCAGCGCUUUUAUUCUCUCGCCCACGAUGUCGUCCCCCCAAGCACAGCAGCAACAGGCUGGCACGUUUAAGCAGAUCGACGCUGCAGAGGUUGCCAAGCACAACCAGAAGGGCAACCUCUGGAUCGUCGUCGACUCGCUCAUCUACGACCUCUCCAAGUUCGCAGCUCUCCACCCUGGAGGUGAGGCUGUCUUGUACGACGAGGAGAUUGCCGGCCAAGACGCCACUGAGACCUUCUUUGGUCUCCACCGACAUGAGGUCCUCCUGCGCCCCCAGUACAAGCGUCUGAUCAUCGGUCAGGUUGCUGGUGAGGAGCAGCAGAUUAUUCCGCCUCCCCCUGGCGCACCAUCCAAGAUCCCGUACGCCGAGCCCACUUGGCUCCAGGAGAAGUACCACUCGCCCUACUUCCAGGACCACCACCGCCACCUCCAGCGCGAGAUGCGCAAGUACGUCGACGAGCACGUUCACGAGGUCGCUCAGCGCUGUGAGGCCAACGGCAAGCGUCCCGACGUCGAGCUCGUGCAGCAGAUGGGCAAGAAUGGUAUCAACGCCAUGCGCAUGGGUCCCGGCAAGCACCUCCAGGGCCGCAAGCUGUUUGCUGGCAUCAAGCCCGAGCAGUUCGACUACUUCUGCGAGAUGAUCAUCACCCAGGAGCUCGUGCGAAUGGGUGCUCGUGGAUUCGGUGACGCUCUCCAGGGUGGAAUGGUCAUCGGUCUGCCUCCCAUCAUGAACUUCGGUAGCGACGAGCUCAAGAAGGAGAUCAUCGAGCCCGUCCUUGCUGGUGAGAAGUUCAUUUGCCUUGCCAUUACUGAGGCCUUUGCUGGUUCCGACAUUCUCGGUGGCCUGCGCACCUACGCCAAGAAGAGCGAGGACGGCUCUCACUACAUUGUCAACGGCACCAAGAAGUGGAUUACCAACGGUACCUUCGCCGACUACUUCACCACUGCCGUCAAGACGGAUGAGGGCUUUGCCGUCCUCUGCAUUCCCCGCUCGUGCGGUGGCGUCGAGACCAAGCAGAUCAAGACGUCCUACUCGACAACCGCUGGAACGGCGUACGUCACCUUUGACGACGCCAAGGUGCCCGCCAAGUACCUCGUCGGCGAGGAGGGAGCCGGUAUCCCCGUCAUUCUCUCCAACUUCAACCACGAGCGUUGGGUCAUGUGCUGCUCGACGAUCCGAGCCUCGCGAGCCAUUUGCGCUCAGCUGAUGAUGUGGACUCACCAGCGCAAGGCUUUCGGCAAGCCUAUCAUCUCGCAACCGGUCAUCCGUGCCAAGCUUGCGUCGCUCAUUUCGCAGUGCGAGGCUGCUCAGGCUUGGCUGGAGAACGUGACGUACCAGAUGACCAAGAUGGACUACUUCACUCAGGCGCAGCACCUGGCUGGGCAGAUUGCUCUGCUCAAGUCAUGGUCUACUAGGGUGUCGAAGGACGUGGCCGACCACUCGGUCAACAUCCUUGGUGGACGUGGUCUUACUCAGUCUGGUAUGGGCUCCUUCGUCGAGAUGUUCCACAGGACAUACAAGUUCGACGCCGUCCUUGGUGGUUCGGAGGAGAUUUUGGCCGACCUGGGCAUCAGGCAGGCGCUGCGCAACUACCCCGUCAACGAGAAGCUCUAGUCGGCUGGCGGUGACUGCGACGAUGUGACCCACAAGCUUACCUGCUGCGCUGCUAUUCGAUCAU